UUUCUGUUGAGGCUGAACGGACCAUCUCCUUCAAGCAAAAGGAAGAGCUCUACAGGUAUGUAUACAGCUGUUUUAUUUUUAUUCCAUUAUUAUUAUCCUUUUUACUGUCGUCCAUGUUCCGGUUACGUUGCUGCUUUCCUCUUCUUCCUGGGUUUAUGUCAUCUCUGGGUCCUUUCACACUAGUCCCCCCAUCGCACUUCACUGCCUCUGUUGGUUUGUUCCUGGACCAACUAUCGUUUGCAGCCUUCCCAGUGGCACCCUAUUGUGGAGACCAUUUUACUUUUUCUUUUACCUUCCUUUUCCAAUUAAUCGAUUGCUUUUCUCCUGCACCUGACUUCUCCGAAGAGGACCCCAAUGUGGAAUUGGGGAAGACCUCGACUGAGUCGACCAAAACUCAGAGUUGGGAAGUGGGAGAGAGAGAGAGAGAAUGAGAGAUUGAGAGAUUGAGAGAGAGUGAGCAAGAGAGCGAGAGAGCGAAAGAGCACAGAGAGACCCGAAAAGAAAAUGCCCCGUCACGAUUGC